AUGAGUAGUACCCCAGCAACCAAUAUACGGGUGCCAAUGAUCCCGCCAGAUGACUUACCCAGAAGUGUCAAGCAAGAGAACGAAUAUGGUAGAUUGGAAUCAGAAGAACACCUUUAUCAAGUCAAGCCCAUGAAAAGAAGUAACCAGAUGGAAAAACCUAUUGUGGAUACACCACCAUAUUACAUUUCACUGAUCACAUAUUUGAAUUAUUUGAUCCUGAUCAUCUUGGGCCAUAUUCACGAUUUUUUGGGCAUGAAGUUUCAAAAGGAUAAGCAUGCAGAUGUUUUUGAGCAUGAUGGAUUGGCACCAUGGUACUCGAAAUUUGAAAGUUUUUUCGCUAGGAGAAUGAAAAAGAGAAUCGAUGAUUGUUUUUCAAGGCCAGCGACUGGUGUUCCAGGUAGAUUUAUUCGUUGCAUUGACCGUAUUUCUCACGAUUUGAAUAACUAUUUUACCUACCCAGGCACCACUUCAAUGUGUUUGAAUUUGUCUUCUUACAAUUAUCUAGGAUUUGCUCAGAGCGAAGGGCAAUGUACCGAUGCGGCAAUUAAAUGUGUUGAAGAAUAUGGCCUUCACUGUGGUGGACCAAGGACUCAAAUUGGUUCAAGUAAUUUGCAUAUUCAGGCCGAACAAUUGAUUGCUAGAUUUGUUGGUAAGGACGAAGCUAUGCUUUUUUCGAUGGGUUAUGGUACCAAUGCUAAUUUUUUCAAUGCAUUUCUCGACUCAAAGUGUCUUAUUAUUUCUGAUGAAUUAAAUCAUACGUCGAUCAGAACCGGAGUAAGAUCUUCAGGUGCUGCAGUGAGGGCUUUCAAACAUAAUGAUAUGGAUGAACUGGAAAAGUUGAUCAGAGAGCAAAUUGUUUUAGGCCAACCGAAGACUAAUAGACCGUGGAAGAAAAUAUUAAUUGUAGUAGAGGGUCUAUAUUCUAUGGAAGGAACUUUGUGCAAUCUGCCCAAGCUAGUCGAGUUGAAGAAGAAGUAUAAAUGUUACCUAUUUGUGGAUGAAGCUCAUUCUAUAGGUGCAAUGGGUCCCACAGGACGUGGUGUUUGCGAACUAUUCGAUAUUAAUCCAAAAGAGGUAGAUUUCCUGAUGGGUACCUUAACCAAGUCUUUCGGAGCUGCUGGUGGUUAUAUUGCAGCCGAUAAAUGGAUAAUGGAUAGACUAAGAAUGGAUAUAACCACAGCUUCUUAUGCGGAAUCUGUUCCACCCCCUGUGCUUGGUCAAGUCAUAUCUUCGUUGAUGACAAUUACUGGUGAGCUCAACCCUGGAGAGGGUAAAGAAAGACUACAAAGAAUUGCAUUCAACUCCCGUUAUUUACGUCUAGGCCUUCAAAGGUUGGGCUUCAUAGUAUAUGGCUGCCCAGAUUCUCCCGUGAUUCCAAUGCUGUUGUAUUGUCCUUCAAAGAUGCCAGCUUUUUCCAGAAUGAUGCUUCAAAGGAAAAUUGCUGUUGUCAUUGUGGCAUAUCCAGCGACACCUUUGAUAGAAUCAAGGGUUAGAUUUUGCAUGUCAUCAGCCCUCACCAAGGAAGAUCUAGAUUAUUUAUUACGUCACGUUAGUGAAGUAGGUGAUAAAUUAUGCCUAAAAUUGAGCUCUGGAAAGGCAGGCGUGCCACAAGACGGUAUUCCGCCCAGAUGGGAUGUAGAAGAUGUUAUUGCACGUACAGGCGAAGACUGUAAGGAUGAUAGAUUCUUCAGAGUAUAG